AUGGAAAAAAUAGGAUUGGCAAGAUGUGGAUUAUAUCGGCGGACACCCAGCGGGAGAAGAUUCCGCUUCGGCCGUUCGCUUGUCUGGGUUGCCUUCGCGGGCUUGACGCGAGCUUUCGUGCAUACCUCGGUGCCGCUGCUGCUGAGACCGCGUUCGGAUCCGGGUUGUUUUGCACGGGUUUCUUCGCAUUCUGGGGAUGAGAAUUUCGCAUCGCUCGAGGGGAGAUGGCCUUGGGUGUGUGAGCGGCCCGGGAGAUGCGCUGACCUCCCCGCAGAGGAGGUUUUUACCGGCUUCGAUGGGCUUUUCGACGACGACACUGACCAGGACGCCAGCGGCACAUCUGAGAGCUACAGCAAGGUGUCACGGGAAGUUCGAAACGCCUGCUAUGCCUUCGUUUCCUUGGAUUCUGCCCCAGAUCCGAAGGUGGUUAUUCUCAGCAAGACCGCCGCUGCGCUCACGGGGAUACCCCUUGAAUUUGUUGGGGCAACAAGGAGAGAAAAUCAGGGGGCGGAAGGCGCAUUUCCGCCGUGCCAACUGAAACAGGUUGCGCUUGCCCUCACGGGGACGGUGGGACUCGAAGGUGCGCAGCCUUUCUCCUCGAGCUACGGCGGGCAUCAGUUCGGCAAUUGGGCUGGCCAACUUGGUGAUGGCAGGGUUGCGACCCUUGGGGAGAUUCUGAGCGAUGGCCAAAGCGAGAUCGGACGAGUCGCUGGAAAAGAGCAUGUCGCUGGAAAAAACCUUGGGGGCUUGGUGGAGAUUCAACUCAAGGGCAUUGGGCAGACACCAUUUUCUAGAGGAGGCGACGGGAAAGCAGUCCUUGGGGCAUGCCUGCGCGAGUUCUUGUUUAGUGAGGCCUUCUUGGGCCUUGGGCUCCCAGCAGCGGUAGCGGUUUCGGUCUGCUCUUCCGGAGAAAGCGCCACGAUUCGAGACUCUGAUCCGAAAAACGGUGGGACGUUCAAACGAGCGCGGGGCGCGGUUCUUUGCCGUACUGCACCAAGCUUUCUGCGAUUUGGAUCUUUCGAGUUGCCGGCAAGGAGGGGCGACGUGACACUCGUGCGAAAGCUGGCCGAUUACUGCCUCCGCCACCUCAGUCCACAUUUUGAAUCGAGUCUACUAGCACACGCAACGGGGUCGGGGGACGAAAGGACAAGAGAAUUUUUAACCUCCGGAAAGGAUCUGGGCAUUGGGCGAAACGAGGAAGACGGGCAGGCCCAAGGAAACGGCAAGGAGAGUAAUCAGGAAAUGGGCGCUCGUAACGACUAUGUGGAGCUUCUUGUGGCUAUUGUGCAGGCUACAGCUCGAAUGGUGGCCGGAUGGCAGGCGAUGGGGUUUUGUCACGGUGUUCUCAACACGGACAACUUUACCCUGCUCGGCCUUGGACUCGACUUUGGACCUUGUAGUUUCAUGGAGGCUUAUGACCCAACUUGGUCUCCGAAUGAAGGCGAUUCGGCUCUGCGCUACGCUUUCCGAAAUCAACCAGAUGUAUCAGCGUGGAACUGCGAGCGACUCGCCGAGGCCUUCUCUCCGAUUGUGGGGGUUUCGGGAGUUGCUGAAGCCAACGCUGCCUUUUCACCGGCCUUUGAUGCCGCCUACACCGUACAUCUUCAGAAGAAACUAGGGCUGAGUGGCAUGGAUUUGGGAAGUGGCUGGAUUCACCCGCGAAGGAGUGGGGAUGCGCCCGCUGGCGAAAUGCAAGAGAAGCUUCCACCAGACGCACAGUUUGUUUUGAGUUUUUUCGACCUGAUGGCAGCAUGUCGGACGGAUUUCACCGAAACUUGGCGAGCUUUGCUUGACGUUCCGGCCCUGUCUGUGGCACGCAAGGCGCGACGAAACUUGACCACUGAGCACUUAGAAGCUACUGGCGUCGAAGAUGACAUCUGCAAUGAUGAUGAGGAGACGCUGCGACCUCUGUCUUCUGUGUUAAACGCCGCCGGAGCCUCAAGUACAGCUCGCAAGCAGUGGGCGACCUGGAUCCGCGAUUACAGUUCGCGAAUUGACUCACAGGGCAUUGGAAACGGCCAUCCCGAGGGCGGGGAAGAGGGGAGAAAAGAAAGGCUGGCAAUUAUGCGUAGCAGCAACCCGGUGUUUGUACUCCGGAAAAAAAGCUUAGAACAAGCUCUCAAGGCAGCAGAAACUGGAGAUCUAACUUUGGUGCACCAACUUGAGGAGCGCUUGUCCAGGACCUACACGGGGGACAGAAACGAGGAAGGAGUCACACGACAACCACCAGAAGCAGCAAGAGUAUCAGCAUAGUCGUGUGUCGUUGUCGUUGUGCGGUAUCUUCUUGGUUUGCUGGAACAGCUCUCCCUAGAACUAGGUACCUGACGGGGAGUUAAAAUUCAAUGAUUGUGUGUUUGGCGUCCCGUAUAAAUGCUCUACAUUGUCUUUUUACUUUUCGGUUAUGUGUUCUGGACGAACCCGCGGGGGUCUGACAGGAUUGAACUCUGUGUAAGUGAAGAAAAGUUUUGAGUGCCUAUGAAACUUGUGUUACCGGUUUGCGUAUGGGUCCAGCGCUUUUGUAUUAUGAGCGCUUUCCUGCAGGCAGACUCUCGUGUGCUUCCAUGCUGGCCUCUCUCGCGGCGGCAGAGGCCGCUGCACCCUGUUAUCGUACAUGUUUCCCCAGGUUUAGCAUUUGCUCCCUUCCGAAGGCGGGUGGAGAAGGAUCCCAAGGUCGAGGUAGCUGUAGUUCGCU